AUGAGCAGUAACUCGUCUCAGUUUUCUCAAUUCCCUCAACAAUCUAACCUUGUCAAGAGAGUUGCCUGCAUCCGUUGCCUGGUUUCAAGCAGAUGUGAUCGUUGCAGGAAAGCAGAUGUGGAAUGCACCUACGUUCCACCUAAACCAAUGGGACGACCAAAGACUUCUCGAUCUCGACAGUCACAACAAACAACCAACAGCGCAGUAUUGCAGUCAGACACAAUGGCCGUACCACAGCAGGACGAGCAAAGCUGUGAACAAUUCGACCUCAAUACGAUGAUUGGAGACGCGGAUCUAGCCUUGGACGAGCAGAGCUCGAGCAUGUUCUUCAAUGAAAUAUUGCCGUAUGACCAAGGCGACGCAUCAGCGAGUAUAGGCUUCGCAUUAUCCGCCAGGGAGAUCGAAUUUCUGACGCCGGGCUCGAGUCAAGGCAGCCUGUGUUUCUCUAACGGCUUCGACACGUACACGGUCAACGCACCUACGGAAGAAGAAGCUGCUCUUGAAAAUCACGCGAGGACAACACCCAGCGUAUCUGCCUCCGGCGGGAACCUACAAAGUAGCAUGCAGGACCUAUCAAAGAUCGGACUUGACCUGCACUUGCAGAUUACCAAGUAUCAAAAAGCCGCAGACAACGCCGUGUUAUCAGACCUAGUCUGCGAUGUCCUACACAGCUCAACCAGCUACUUGAACAGCCUGCUACGAUUAGACGACACAUUUUUCUCAGGUCAAAGUAGCAGCUUCGGGACCGACUGGACAGACGACCAACCAGGCCGUGGAACACAAUUAAACAUGUCGGCGGCAUUCGAGCUCCUGAUCCCCUACGUGCGGCUAGUCCAGCUUCACAGCAUUCUGCACCGGGCCAUGAUUCGCACCCUCACAGGCAAGAGUUGUAGCGGGAGCAGGGCUAGCGCCACGGGCUCGGCAGAAACGCGGUCAGAAUUCCCAGUUCUCUCGGUGGGCGGCGCCCGGGUCGAUGCCACCGACUCUCUUCGCGCCCGAUUGCUCCUGCAGAUGAGCGUCAAUCUGCUGACCGAGGUUGAGACAACACUACAACUGCCGCAAGAUGCGAGGGUAUGUAGGCCCGAGAUCGAAGGCGGGAUGGGUCCCGCUGAGGGUGUGACCUUUGGUGAGCAGGGCUCGUGCAGUCUGUUGCGAAAGGCCAUGUCAGCCCGGCUGCUCAAGACGAUCUUAGAAGAGCGCGAUUUAGGUGGUGAUGAUGUGCAGUCCAUGCGGGAACGCGUUGCUUACAUCAAGUGCCUACUUAGAUCUAGCCGGCAGCUAUAG